AUGGACGAGCAACCGAAGCCCAAACACCGGCAUCGCCUCAUGAGAGGUCUAUCGCGAAUGUCCUCGUCACCGUCUCUGGCGAAGCUCACGCGAUCACGAAGCUCUUCCAAUCCGAUAUACAGAGCAGGUGACAGGGGCUCAAUGUCAUGCGUAUCUUUGGCAUCUGCCUCGCCAUUCGGAUCGUAUGGCAGCUAUGCCUCAGAACUGUCUGCCGGUUAUUCUACUGCUCCGACUUCAGUACCAGGGACGCCUGGUCCAGAGCUCCCGCUGUCCACAAAACCCAGACUACAUCUCUUUGCCGCAGAUCGACCAAGAACCGCUACUAUGCCGUCCGACAUAAUCGCCUCGGCUCGUAUGAACGCCUUCGACGAAGCGGACUACUUUAACCUGCCGGUACAAAAAGCUUCAAAACCUUUUCCUCGUCGACCGAACUUCAACUUCUGGGAAGACAUGCCGUUCGAAGUGCGUCUGGAAAUCUUUCGCUUCCUGCGACCGAGAGAGAUAGUCCAGUGUUCCGCAGUCUCCAAGUCCUGGCACAAGAUGUGCUACGAUGGUCAACUUUGGAGCAGACUAGACGCAUCUGAAUACUACCGUGAUAUCCCAGCCGACUCUUUGGUGAAAAUAAUAACUAAUGCUGGACCGUUCGUACGAGACCUCAACCUGCGAGGCUGUGUACAACUUCGCGAACGAUGGAACUCCAAAGGUCUAGCAGAUGCCUGCAGAAAUCUAGAAAAUUUCUCUCUGGAGGGCUGUAAGAUUGACCGGGCGUCUGUGCAUUGUUUCCUACUUCAAAACACUCGUCUUGUCAGCAUUAACUUAUCCGGCCUUCAAGCUGCGACAAAUGCCGGACUAAAGAUUGUUGCCCAACACUGCCCCAAGCUCGAGGAGCUGAAUGUCUCAUGGUGCCAGAACAUAGAUGGCAAAGGCAUCAAGAAGGUCGUCGAGUCAUGCGCCAACUUGAAAGAGCUCCGAGCCGGCGAGACUGGUGGAUGGGAUGAUGUCGACCUCACGCACGAGAUAUUCAAGCGCAAUACACUGGAGCGACUGGUGCUCAAUAAUUGCGACUCUCUUACUGAUGACUCGCUCUCUGCGCUCAUGAUUGGUAUCGAUAGCGAGAUUGAUGUAUUGACGGAGAGAGCGAUUGUACCUCCUCGCAAGCUCAAAUACCUGGACUUGAGCCGAUGCCGCCCAAUCACAGACAAAGGUGUCAAGACCAUGGCUCAUAAUCUCCCAUUCCUUGAAAGUCUCCUGUUGAGCAAGUGCUCCUCUCUGACUGACGAUUCUGUAUCCGAGGUUCUCUCGACACUACCAAGCCUCGUCAACCUCGACCUCGAAGAACUCGAGGAACUGACAAGUGCCUCGCUUCAAGCUCUUGCUGCUGCACCCGGCCGUGAGCAGCUUUCUCAUCUCUGCAUCUCAUAUUGCGAGAACAUCAGCGACACUGGCGUUCUCCCAAUUCUUCAGCAUUGCCCACGUUUAGCAUCAAUCGAGAUGGACAACACCCGUAUCACCGAUCUCGUGCUCAUCGAAGCUGCAGCGACCAUGGCUUCGCGGAAUAGGGUCGCUCGGGGACUGUAUAGUGGUGAUAUCCCAACGAUUGGAAUGCGCCUAGUUGCAUAUGAUUGUGCCAAUAUCACGUGGUCCGGCAUCAACUGCAUCCUAACAUGCAAUGCUCAAGAGACACGCGCUACUACUCAAGGUGGCAAAUCGACCUUCCCGAGCCAGAUCAUUGGACUCAAGUGUUUCUAUAAUUGGCAGCCAACAGUGGACGAACAUACCAAAAGGGUGAUGCGCGGAGAUUUUGUCGCGGCCACAAGGCUCUGGAGAAAAUGGCAUGACUGGAUGUUAUACCAGGAAGAAGCAGCGGCUGGUGGGAAUACUCGAGCACGUCGACGAAGGGCCCGACGUGCGGAGGCAGCACAUGCAGAGGAAGAAGAAGCUGCAGGCUCUGGAACUGGACCUGGUGCUGGACGCCGGAGGAGAGCGAGAAGUGGACCUGCGGCCAGCAGUGGCUGCUCUAUGAUGUGA